AUGAAACUCACGAGCAUUGUCUCGGCCGGAGUUGCCGUUCUCGGUGUUGUGAAUGCCGCGGCCCUGCCGGCAGGGUCUGAUGGAGCCGUGAAGCGGGACUCUACGGUCGAGAAUCUGGACAACCCGGCCUGGUGGGGCAAGAAGAGAGACUCGGAUGUCGAGAACCUUGACAACCCAGCCUGGUGGGGAAAGAAGAGAGACUCUGAUGUCGAGAAUCUUGACAACCCGGCCUGGUGGGGGAAGAAGAGGGAUGCCGAGGCUGAGAAAGCUGGAUCGGUAUUCUCCCCGACCGGAACGCCAGCUGCCCCCAUGACAACCUAAUUCGUGCCUACCUUGCCUAUAACACCCCUUUCUACGCCAACCACCUGGUCACCCUCGGAGUAACACCUUGAUCUUCUGGCAUGGGGGAAAGAGGAGAUAAGACUCGACGUGGAGAGAACUUGGGCCAAGAAGACUUGAAGAGCAGCACCGAGGCCACGGCGGAGGUGAAGUGCUUAACAGGCUGAACACAAACACGGACAUGGUGUGAGAGUUUAUAACCGGGGAGGAGCCAUUGUAUGCAGGCUGCGCUUGAAAUCGCUAGACGGAUCACUCAUUGAACAUCUAC